AUGCGCUUCACGGCCGAGCACGAGUGGGUCAAGUUUGACGAUGCGUCCAACAUUGGCACGAUGGGCAUCACCGACUACGCCCAAAAGAGCCUCGGCGACGUCGUCUACGUCGAGCUGCCCAGCGAGGGGAGCGAGGUCAAGCAGGGCGAGCAAAUCGGAGCCGUCGAGAGCGUCAAGGCGGCCUCGGACAUCUAUUCGCCCGUGACGGGCGUGAUCAAGGAGGUCAACUCCAAGCUGUCCGACGAGCCGGGCCUGCUCAACAAGUCGCCCGAGGACAACGGAUGGCUGUGCAAGAUCCAGCUUUCGAAGCCGGCCGAGUUCGAGGUGCUCCUCGACGGCGAGGCGUACAAGAAGCUCAGCGAAGACGCCUGA